AUGCGGCUAGAUUCUACACAUUCUCACUACUCUCCACAAGUCCGCCAGUAUGCCAUGGAGCUGGCCCGUUCGAUAAUGCUUUGCAGCAUCGGCCCAAUUGAUCUUACAGAUGACUUGAAAAUCAAGUUGAAAGAUAUCUUCAAAGAGCAGUACAAGGCAGGCUUUUCUAGCGCCGCCAACUUUGGCCUUGCUUUUUGUUUGAAAAUGUUCCUGCGAUUUCAGCGUCUGGAUAGUGCACCCAAAGGAUGUACAGCUUAUCGAUGUUCGAGAGAGGGUGAUCGUUCCAUACAUGCUGACGCACUGAUGAUUCUGUUCUGUGGAAUUGUUGGCAAGGACCUUCGCGGCAAGUAUAUCAAGUUCUUCAACGCCACUAUCCGCUACCUGACACUGCAAGCUUUGCUUGAGUUUACUGGCCGAGCUUCUCUGAUGUCCAUGGACAAUUGUGCUCAAUGUAUGGACGGUGGAAUCCUUGUAGAUGCAAUCGUAACAGCACUUUCCGAUUCUACAAAAGAUUUCUGCCAGUCAGCAAUCGUUGCUCUUCGCCACAUCAACGAUGUGUGCAGGGUUGUUAUUCCAAACCUGGAAGUGAUGCCUUUGAUACCAUUUGUGCGGUAUCUCUUAGAGAGCGUGAGCGCGCUGUGCUAUGCCUCUUCUUGGUUUGUACGACUUGGAGGAGCAAGCGGAUUGACAUAUUUCAUUGAAAAUUACCCUGACUCUGUUAUUUUGGUUAACAUGAGCAGAUUCAUGGAUAGCCUCGUAGAGGUUCUUGUUGGAAUGACUGAUCAGGUAUCUUGUGGUGCUGUGGAUAUGGCAGUGGGAGCCAUCGAGAAGCUGUUGAAACGAUGCCUACCGGAUUGCAAACUCGAUGAUCCGAAAGUAUCGAUAUUCAUGAAUUCUGUUGCCAGUCAGCUGUUCAGUGGUAGCCAGAAUAUAAGGAACAAGACGCUCUCUUUGCUCAAUCUAUGUGCGGAUGUGCUGAAAGAGCCUUUUUCUGCCUUGAUGUACGCUUACAGACACCUGUUUGUCUCACACAUAGAAAGAGCUAUGGAAGAGUUCAACGUUUUGGCCCUUCUCGAUCGCUGUGGCUCUCUGGAAGCACUGUGCACCAUUUUCGUCUGCCAGCCCUCUCUUGUUGAUGUGUCGAUAGGACUGGAAAGGACACAGAAAUUCUUGAACGAGUUGAUCACCGUGUGUCAGAUGCCUAUCAGCGAAAUGCUUGAACUCGAUCUCUUUAAAUCCAUGGAAGGAUGUCCUGCACAUUUUCUGCCACCGCAUACAGUCAGCGAAAAGGCUGAGCAUUAUAAAAUUAUGGCAGUCAGAGCGCUAGUGGCGCUGUACAAAUCACUUUUGCGGGACGCUUCUGAAAAUGGCAUGGAUACAUCAUCUGAAGCAGAUGAAGGUGAAGAAGGCAGGCUGACGCUUUGCAAGAUUGCUUGCGUUGCUGUUGAGACCGUCUUGUGUCCUUUGAAGUCAGUGGUGCAAGCUGCUGAAGAAGCUCUUCUACAGGUGGCCCCUGUCAAUGCCGAAUGUUUGAAAAGAGUUGGAGAGCAUGUUUUUGCUCAGUUUCAUGAACCCCAUGGUGAAGGCUUGAAUUCCGAAAGUGUGGCUCAGCUUUACCGUCUAGUUCGUCUAAAUACGUCCUUAUUCGACAUCACGUUAGCUACGAAUUUAGUGGUGAGUUUUUUCUUGGAAAAGGAGCCUAAAAUUUGACG